UCAGAAUCUAAACCAAACAUUAAAUGGAUAUCCAUACAACAAUCUUGUUAUUGUCUAUCCUUUUAGUUUACAAUCUUAACAACACCAACUGUUUAACACUUGGUCUCAAUGAAGAUCAUGUUUCCAACACAAUGCUCGAUAAAACCACGCACCAUUUCUCUAACCAUAGGAUUGGCUAUGAUGAUGAUGGUGAUGAUAUGGGUCGGAUGGACGACGGAGAUGAAGAUGAGCCGUGGACAAUGGUGCAGAAGAGUGGGAAACAAUUUGCGGUGAAUGACCAGCCGUUUUAUGUAAACGGGUUCAACACUUACUGGCUGAUGGUGUUUGCUGUGGACGCGUCUACACGAGGGAAAGUCACUGAGUUGUUUCAACAAGCGUCGGGUGUGGGAAUGACAGUGUGUCGAACGUGGGCUUUUAACGAUGGUCAGUGGCGCGCUCUUCAGAAAAAACCGUCUGUUUAUGAUGAAGAUGUCUUCAAGGCCUUAGAUUUUGUGGUGAGUGAAGCAAAGAAAUUCAAGAUCAGACUUAUACUGUCAUUGACAAAUAACUGGGAUUCUUAUGGUGGCAAACCUCAAUAUGUGAGAUGGGGAAAAGAAGCUGGAUUAAAUUUGACUAAUGAUGAUGAUUUCUUCUCUCACCCAACUCUUAAAGAUUACUAUAAGGCCCAUAUUAAGACUGUGUUGAAUAGAGUGAAUACCAUAACAAACAUAACCUACAAAGAUGAUCCAACUAUUUUUGCAUGGGAGUUGAUUAACGAGGCCAGAUGUACGUCGGAUCCUUCAGGGGAUAAACUACAGGAAUGGAUAGAAGAAAUGGCGUAUUACGUGAAAACAGUCGAUCCGAAGCAUCUAGUGGAGAUCGGUCUUGAAGGAUUCUACGGUCCUUCGACACCUAACAAGGUUCCAAUCAAUCCAAAUACGUAUUGUCAACAAGUGGGAACUGAUUUCAUCAGAAACCAUCAAGUUCUUGGUGUUGAUUUCGCUUCGGUUCAUAUUUACGCUGACUCUUGGAUUUCACCGCCAAUAUCCGAUACCCAUAUCACGUUCACCAAGUCAUGGAUGCAAUCACACAUCGACGAUGCAGAGAAAUACCUCGGAAUGCCAGUGAUUUUCAGCGAGUUUGGUGUAUCCGCAAAAGACCCGGGCUUCAAUACAUCGUUUAGGGACAGCUUGAUAAGCACGGUGUACAACACGCUAUUGGAUUCCGCAAGAAAAGGAGGGAGCGGAAGUGGGAGCCUUUUAUGGCAAGUGUUUCCGGAUGGAACGGAAUAUAUGGAUGAUGGGUAUGCAAUUAUUCUUUCGAAAUCACCGUCAACUACGAAGAUUAUAUCUCGACACUCAACAAGGCUUACGCUUUUCAAUUCCUUGUGUAACUGGAAAUGCCGUUGGGGUUGCAAGAAGAGACAUGGAUUUGAUGAGUUCGACUACCAUGCUGAGCUUUAAACAACAGUAUUCACUCAAGAAACAGGCCAAGGAAUCAGCUUGCAGAUAUGUAUAUACAUGUAAACUCACAAAUAUAUAUAUAUAUACAUGUAUGCGCUACUUUGUGUAUGCUUUUACAUAUAAAUGAUAAUAACAUCUGGUAGAUCAUUA